AUGUGUUCCGGAGUUCAUCCAACAGGUUAUUGUCCACCACAUCUCGAAGAAGAAGUAAACUAUGUGGGCAAUCAACAAAGGCAGGGACAAUUUCAGGGUCAAUAUUCGAGAAAUGCAAAUCAACAACGGUUUCCAAACAAUAACAACUUUCAAAGAGGUAACAACUUCGGACAACCGUGGAAAUCUAAUGUCGGACCUUCAAAUCAACAGCCAUUUAACAACAACUUCCAACAAUACCCGCCUCAACAAGACCGAACACAAAAGAUUGAAGACACCCUCAACCAAUUCAUGCAACUAACCAUGGCCAACCAACAAAACAACACCGCAUCCAUAAAGAAUCUUGAGACUCAAAUGGGCCAACAAGCUCAACAUUUGAGUCAAAUUUCACAAAUAUUGGCCAACCAACAAGGAGGGAACGUCACAGCAAAUACUCAAAACAAUCCCUCCAUUACCACAAGAAGCGGCAAGGUGAUUGGGCAAGGGAUUGGAAAUAAUUUGGAGGUGGAGAGACAUAUUGUUGACAAUGAAGAGGAGGUGGAGAGUGAGAAGGAAGAGGAAGAUGUACAUAGUAAUGAGGAAGAUGACAAGAAUGUGCUGGCUCAUAAGCUUCCAUAUCCUAAAGCUCAAUCGAAGAAGGACUUGGAAAAACAUUUCAAGAGAUUCCUUGAUAUUUUCAAGCGAUUGGAGAUCAAACUUCCUUUUUCCGAAGCUCUUGAACAAUUGCCAACUUAUGCCAAGUUCUUGAAGGAGAUCUUGUCUAAGAAGCGUCGCUACAAAGAUGAUGAAACAAUUCAACUAGAUGCAAAUUGUAGCGCAAUCAUCCAAAGACAUUUGCCAAAGAAAGAAAAAAAUCCCGGAAGAGUAACAUUGCCGGUAGCUAUUGGAAACGUCAAUGUCGGUAAAGAUUUAAUUGAUCUAGGCUCAAAUAUUAAUCUUAUUUCAUACUCGGUUGUCAAACGAGUCGGUGGCCUAGAAAUGAAGUUAACAAGGAUGACUCUACAACUAGCCGACAAGUCUGUGGCACGACCAAUGGGAAUUGCCGAAGAUGUCUUAGUUAAAGUGGAUAAAUUUGUGUUUCCCGUUGACUUUGUGGUCAUGGACAUAGAAGAGGAAGAUGAAAUGCCGCUAAUUCUUGGUAGAACAUUCAUGCUCGCCGCACGAAUGAUGAUAGACUAUGAUGAUGGAUUGAUGAAGGUGCGGCUUGACGAUGAAGAGAUCAAUUCCAAUCUCCAUAGUGCAAUGAAGCACUCCAAAGACAAAGGAGCUUGUUUUAAGGUGGAUGCAAUGCAUGAAGUUAUCAUGGACACAAGGAAACAAUUGCAUAAACCUACAGCCCUUGAAAGAGUGCUCAUCGACGCACUUAGUGUCCUUAGUGCGGAUGACGAAAAGGAGAUAGAAGAAUGCUUGAAAGAGUUGGAAACCUUGAAGGAGAUUCCUCCAAAGAAAGCAAAAGUGGAGGAGUUAAAAGAGAAAGAAAAGGUUGAAGAAUCAAAGAAUGAAUUUAAAGUCUUGCCGUCACAUCUUAAAUAUGUGUUCCUUGAAGAAGACGACACUAAACCGGUCAUUAUUAGCAACUCUCUAUCAAGCAAUGAAGAAGACAAGUUGAUUGAAGUUCUUAAGUAA